AUGAGUUGUUUGAUCUCGUCGCUUCUGUGGUCGUCGGGGCUAUCGGAGGUGUCCCUGGGCCCGGCUCUCAACGCCUCCGACCCCCCCAAGUGGCUGGAGCUCGUUGUCGCCGUCGACCACACCGUCAUCGACUUCCACGGCGAGGAUGAGGUCGAGAAGUAUGUCUUCACGCUCUUCAAUAUCGUGCGAGGGCCUGGCGAAGAAAUCCCUAGAGGCGGUGAACCGGUGGUCGGAGCGGCUGUACCACCUGUCGCCGGAGCACCUGCGCCACGACAUGGCCGUGUGGCUGACCCGGACUGACCUGGGCGGGCCGUCGGGUUACGCUCCGGUGGCGGGCGUGUGCGAGCCGUCGAGGUCGUGCACCUUGAACCGCGACGAGGGUCUCACGUCGGCGUUCAUCAUCGCCCACGAGAUGGGCCACGUGUGA